AUGAACAAUUCCCUCUUUCUCCACAACGCAAACUCAAUCAGCUUCACCUUUCACUCCGCAUUAUCACAAACACAACGAAGGCACCUUCCUGCAAACAAACCCUUCUCUCAUCGUUACCCACGCAUCCAAUGCUGCUGCAUCGAAAUCGACAUGGUCAAGAACUCUCAAGGCAUUUACGCCCCCAGAAAUGACAAGGUCGUCGUUCUCUGGGACCUCGACAACAAGCCCCCUCGCGGCCCCCCAUACGACGCUGCGGUUUCGCUCAAAACCCUCGCAUCCCGCUUCGGCGACGUCACCGACUUCUCUGCCUACGCCAACCGUCACGCCUUCGUCCACCUCCCCCAGUGGGUCCUCCACGAGCGACGCCAACGCAGAAGCCUCGACAUUCUUGAACGAAAGGGUGUCGUCACACCCUCGGAACCCUACACGUGCGGCGUGUGCGGGCGCAAAUGCAAGACCCACAUGGACCUGAAGAAGCACUUCAAGCAGCUGCACCAGCGCGAGCGACAGAAGAAGCUGAAUCGGUUGAAGUCGCUGAAGGGGAAGAAGAAACGGGACCGUUUCAAGGAACGGUUUUUGCGCGGGAAUCAUAAGUAUGACGAGGCGGCGAGGACUCUGGUGGUGCCGAAGGUGGGGUACGGGCUUGCGGCGGAGCUGCGACGGGCGGGAGUGUUUGUGAAGACUGUGCAGGACAAGCCGCAGGCGGCGGAUUGGGCGCUGAAGAGGCAGAUGGUGCAUUCGAUGAGUCGAGGGAUUGAUUGGCUAUUUUUGGUUUCGGAUGAUUCGGAUUUUUCGGAGAUGUUGAGGAGGGCGAGGGAGGCGGAUUUGGGGACUGUGGUGGUUGGGGAUUGGGACAGAGCGUUGGGCAGGCACGCAGAUUUGUGGGUGCCAUGGAGUGGGGUUGAGAAUGGGGAAGUGGAUUUGGUGCCCAAGAGAAGGAGUGAGAGGAAGAAGAGCAGAGACCAUGGUUUUCAAGAUGAUGAUGAGCUUGAUCAUCAUGAUGUGGGGCUUUUGAAUGAAGAUGAGGAAUUCGGGCAACAGUUUAUGUUGCAUAGUGAGGAUGAGGACGUGGAGGACUAUUAUUACGAUGAUUAUGAUGAUGACGAAGAAGAGGAAGAGGAAGAGGAAGAGGAAGAUGGGUUGUAUAUUUUUUGA